GCCAUUCCUCCCUCCCUCCUCCCCUUCUUCCUCGGCGAGGCGCUCCUCCAGUAGCCAGGCAGCAUGGCGGCGGUGGAGACGCGUGUGUGCGAGACGGACGGCUGCAGCAGCGAGGCCAAGCUCCAGUGCCCCACCUGCAUCAAGCUGGGCAUCCAGGGCUCGUACUUCUGCUCGCAGGAAUGUUUUAAAGGAAGUUGGGCAACUCACAAGUUAUUGCAUAAGAAAGCAAAAGAUGAAAAGGCCAAGCGAGAAGUGUCUUCCUGGACUGUAGAAGGUGAUAUCAACACUGACCCAUGGGCAGGUUAUCGAUAUACUGGAAAACUCAGACCCCAUUAUCCACUGAUGCCAACAAGGCCAGUGCCAAGUUAUAUUCAAAGACCAGAUUAUGCCGAUCACCCUUUAGGAAUGUCCGAAUCUGAGCAAGCUCUUAAAGGUACUUCUCAAAUUAAGUUACUCUCAUCUGAAGAUAUAGAAGGGAUGCGGCUUGUAUGUAGGCUUGCUAGAGAAGUAUUGGACAUUGCCGCUGGGAUGAUUAAACCAGGUGUAACUACUGAAGAAAUAGAUCAUGCUGUACACUUAGCAUGCAUUGCAAGAAAUUGCUAUCCUUCACCCCUGAAUUAUUAUAAUUUCCCAAAGUCUUGUUGUACUUCAGUGAAUGAAGUGAUUUGCCAUGGAAUUCCAGACAGACGGCCCUUGCAAGAAGGUGAUAUUGUUAAUGUGGACAUCACUCUUUAUCGGAAUGGUUAUCAUGGGGACCUGAAUGAGACAUUUUUUGUUGGUGACGUGGAUGAGGGAGCUCGGAAACUGGUUCAGACCACGUAUGAGUGCCUGAUGCAAGCCAUUGACGCAGUAAAGCCUGGUGUUCGAUACAGAGAAUUGGGAAACAUUAUCCAGAAGCACGCACAAGCAAAUGGAUUUUCAGUUGUUCGAAGUUACUGUGGGCAUGGAAUCCACAAGCUUUUUCAUACAGCCCCCAAUGUACCCCACUAUGCCAAAAAUAAGGCAGUUGGAGUGAUGAAGGCUGGUCAUGUAUUUACGAUUGAGCCAAUGAUUUGUGAAGGCGGAUGGCAGGACGAAACCUGGCCGGAUGGCUGGACGGCGGUGACGAGAGACGGGAAGCGGUCUGCCCAGUUCGAGCACACUCUGCUGGUCACGGACACUGGCUGUGAGAUCCUGACCCGGCGGCUUGACAGCGCGCAGCCUCACUUCAUGUCCCAGUUUUAAUUUCCCCCAAGACGGCACAUCUCAGUUACACUUUGUGGCUGUACUCCGCAUUUUAUUGAGAGUACAGGAUGGAAGAGGAAGUUUUUUUAUUACUUGUUUUGUUUCGACUAUCGAUAAGGAAGGACUGCAACAUCUGACGUGUGUCCUCAAGAACUUGUCUUGGGUCUGAAAAGGUCAAGAAGAAGAAAGGAAGCAUUUCUCAACUCCCCUCUUCACCCCCCCCCCAAAUCUCUGCACCCCUGUUUUUCUUCCUUGCCCUUUGAGCACUUUUACUUAAACCUGCUUCUAGUUGCUUCUGUCCCUGCCGCCGCUGGGCCAGCACCGCCAGCUGCUUUCCAGGUGAGUGCUGGGGAAGAGAAUCCUUGAGACCUGUGACAUACAUUGCUCCCAAUUUUUUUUUAUUAUUAUGUAUGUGUGGAAGUAUACAUAUAUACAUUUUAGAUUCCAUGUAUGUAAUUACUGAAUACUAUGUGACCUGGGGUUUGUACUGAUUCUGCCCUGAUGGCGUUCUGUGCUGUCAUAAACGGACCCAUCGUUUGCAGUGAUUUAAUUCCCAGCUCGAAAUUGGCUUCCCUCCUUCCCCUGCUAAUGAUUUACGCUUAUAAUUGUGCAUAAGAAAGCACUCGGUCAGUGAGACCCUCCAAUGUGGGCUCUGUGUGAGUGAAUGUAUGUGGCAAAAUCCACUUUGGACAAAGGUUGGGUUUUUAAAAGUCAAGUUUAUGGCAGAAACAGCAGUGCUCCAAGCGGAAGCUGGCUGUUGUAGAGAAUGAUGUUUUUGUAACACAUUGCUAUUUCAGACCUCUCUUUGGUCAUAAUGGGAGGAAAAAUGCUCCCUUCCCCUCUCUGUCCUCCUUCAAGGGCAUACCUUGGAGAGAUACUCAGAGAAGGCUGGAGGUUGCGCUGUGGAAGCUGGGGAAGAGACAGUUCUGAAGCCUCUCCAGCAGGGAGCAGAGUCUGGAAGUGCUAACCUCUGGCAAAGCUGGUGGUGGGGCAGAAGGACGUCUCUGGAGGUUGGGCAGUUCCCUAGGAGUAGGGAUGCGCUGUCCUGGGUGUGCUGAAGCCACACUGCUCCUUCACACAGUUGGGAGCCUCAUCAGAAAUGACCUCUGCUGCCCAGCAUCUGUGCUGCUCUCAGUAGUUCAGUCCCAAAUGGAAGAGUGUCCAGUAAAGACAGAUCAGAGUCAUUGUCGCUGGAGAUUACUUGAUUACCGGGUAUCUGGAAACUGUAUGCGAAGAUAAUUGGAGUCCACUGACAUGUCACACUUGUAAGAGAACAUCUUUCCCAGAGUGCCUCAGACCUUUAUUGCUUUAAAGGAAUCACGAUAAUGUUUUCAUUACUUUUUAUUAUUUUGGUGAUUUAGUAAUGUGGCUGAAUCUGGUAUAGACUCUUGGGGGUAUGUGUGUGAAGUUUUUUAUCAAACUGUAAUAUUUGUGAAUGGAAUGCCUUGCAAUAUAAAUGUUUAUAAUGUGUAAAGGGAGAUUAAAAAGUGUGAAUGAUUAUUCUGCCAUGUGGUCGUUAACUUUGCUGCAUUUUGUUUGAGAUUUUAGAAAGAAGUGAUGGGAAUGGAGUGGCUGAUUUCACCAUCUAAAAUAAACUCAUGACGAUUUGAGUAAAAAUACUUUUUAAUGUUGAAUGACUGUGUAAAAAUUCCAGUCCUGUGUUUAGUUCAGGAGUACCUGUGUAGUAUUUGAGAUGUAACCAUGUUUCUGAGAGUUGUUUAAGACAAAGAUUGCCACACAGGUAGUGCAGCAUCUUAUGUACUGAUCAUGGAAUUAGCGGUGUGGGCUUAUUCAGUGUCUACUUUUAGAAAACAAGCUCAAGGAAAAAAAUCUUGGUGGGAUGGUUUUUUUGUUGUUGUUAAAACACCACACUGGUGAUGAUGCUUUUCUCAGUUCGGGAGAUGUAAAAACAGCAUGGGACUCUAGUCUAAUUGUAUAUGUCUAAUUACAAAUGUUUAUUAGAUUUAGAUAAGAAAACAUCUAGGGUAGUUUUAUCAUUCUGCCAACUUCUCAGAAAUGUCAUUGUGUUAACUUUUUAUUUUUUGUAUUAACUUUUAAAAUAUUUUUUUCCCCCUGCCAGUUGUUCAGCCCCCUUUUAAUGAUAAUUUAGAAGGGAAACAUGUUUGCAUUUUAUCUUCAGUUUAUGGCUUUUGGUGACAAAAUGUGUAAAGGCGAAUUAGAACCCAUUCACCAACGCUUUUAUGUUACUUGUCACCCUCGUGUCUAAAUUGAUAGGAAGAAGAUGUGUAGGAAUUUGCCAUCUUAGCUUGACUUCUCAGUUUGUCCUGUCGUCGCUCUGGCUUUUCACUGAGUCCGAUUAAAUUCGAGAGACGGAUGUUCCACUUUGCUGAAGCCCCCGAAUUGUGUCUGUAAGCUAUUUCUGCCCCCUUACCCACCCCGUUUUUUUUUUUUUUUAACUUCCAGCUUUUAAUUUUGAAGAUUUUUCGAAUUUACAGAAAGUUGAUAGUGCAGUGAAAUACCCACAUACCUUGUCCUGUAUUCAGCAGUUGUUACCGUGCCUCAUCUCUUGAUAAAAUAAGCGUUUUCCUUUUGCGAGGAAUGGCAUCGUACUUUAUCUGCUACUGUCGCACAACUCUUUUAAAACGUAAAGACAUUUCCUGCACGAUCAUUGUACAGUCGUCACACCCAAGGAACUGAAUGUUCAGAGCUGUCUAAUGUGUAGUACACAUUCACACUGAGUCAGCUUUCUCCAGAGUGCUCUUUUUUUUAAAUGCAGAGUCCAAACCCAUGGCAUUCAGUUGUCAUCUGUAGGUUUUUUUUUAAACUGUAGAACAACCCUUUUCCACCAUUUUUUGAUCUCUCAGGAAACUGACACUUGAAAAAGUAGGCUCCCCCUCACUCUGCCCACUUCUUUUUGAGUAUCAGCAUUAGCUUAUUGAUUGUUUCUAAAAGUGUUGGUCACUCUAAAUGUUCCAUGUUUGGCCAGUGGAAGCACCUUUAAGCUUAUUUAUGGGUCAUUUUGCUCUAUGCCUAUCAGUCUUAGGGCAUGUUCUUGAUUUUCACCAUAUGUUCUCAGUUUGUCAUAUACUUUUCCUGCCCCAGAUUGGGAACUGGCUACUUUUCCAAGGAGCCCUGGUUUCUCUUCAUGAGGAAUGGUAUUUGGAAAUCAAGAUCUGGGUACUGCUGGGGUGUUAAUUGCUCCUUGGCCCUUUCAGGGAACAGAGCCAGGAACUGCAUUUUUUAUAAAUUCAUGUUGAUGUAUGGCAAAAACCAUCACUAUUGUAAAGUAAUUAUCCUCCAAUUAAAAAAUUGAUUAAAAAAUAAAUCAUGAAUUCAUUCUGAUACUUUGAUUUCAUAUUUAAUACUAGCCUUCCUAACCCUUCCCUGUUUCAUAUUUGUAUUUUCCUUCUCCCACGGUGAGAAUUUUGGUUCUGAACAACACUAAUAUUUACUUAUUUGCUUGAUUCUACAUGACAUGUAAAAUAAUUUCAGAAUUACAACACCAAAAUCACUACCAACAAUAAACCUAAGUGCCAAAUUUGUGGUUGCUCCUGUUCUUGGAGUAUAUCUCACUAGGAGGGUACUGGUUUAAAAGUUAAUUGAAGUAAUUUGUUUUGAUUCUGCUGUAUUCUAAAUUGCAUAAAUCAUGUGUGUGCUGCUUGUUGCUAAGUUGUAUCUAACUCUUUUGCAACCCCAUGGACUGCAGCUCGCCAGGCUCCUCAGGCUCCUCUGCCCAUGGGCUUUCCCAGGCAAGAUAUUGGAGUGGGUAGCCAUUUCCUUCUCCAGGGAUCUUCCUGACCCAGGGAUCGAACCUGCAUCUCCUGCUUGGCAGGCAGAUUCUUUACCACUGAGCCCCCUGGGAAGCCCAUAAACCCAUGAGCUAUUUUUUAAUAAUAAAUGCAGUGAUCUUGAGGGCUAAAGCAUGCUUUAGAGAUAGUGGAGAUAUUUUAGUGGCCUCAGAGUUGGAAACACUGGAAUUGAUUGAGAUAGUGUGAUACUACGAUUUUGUCUACAUUUGAUGGUGUGUGUUCUCUAGCUACCAGAGGAGCAAAUUGUACCACUUGUAAUGUGGAUGUAUAGCCCAUUUUCUAAUAGACUGGGAAAAAACAUGUGGAUAUGGUUUUACAAUACAGGCUGCAUUAUGCUGAUAUUCUAGAAGUUAUUAACAUGUUUUGCUUUAUUUAGAAAAAUGAACAUCUAAAGAAAGGCAGCACAGGCUCCAUGCAUUGAAAUUCUGUGGCCCCACUUAGUCUCAACUUAGAAGGGUAGGCAGCUUUCUCCUUACAUCUUUUUCCUUUUGGUGCCAAGUAUUAAAAAAAAAAUGGCUUGCAUUUGGUCAUCUUACAAAGGAAAGGCAGGAGUAAGGUGGCCUUGGUGACCUGUUACCUGCUGCUUUUCAUUCUGGGGACUUAAGUGAGCAACAGCAGAGCUGUCUGUAUAUGGUAAUUCUGUUAUUAUAUUAAAAUAUGUGUCAAUAUUGCCAAAAAAUAUGCCAAAAAUCAGUUUAUGUGGAGCACUCAAGAAGGGCUUCCUGGAAAGAUUUUCACUUACCACUUAUGUUAAGAGUUCAAAGUAAAGUUUUAAAUAAUCUC